AGUGCCACACUCUUCACCGCCGCCGCUCUCUCCGCCUUUACAUGUCUACCAAUCUUCCUCGCCGCAGGAGUAUCAGCAGGGGUACUUUAACAGCCCGUGAGUAUUCUGCCACCACCGUUGUCUGCAAUGGAUUGGAGUAGAAUGCUUUCUUGCGUAUUUGAAUACAGCUCACUGACGAUAUUUUAGCGUAUCUACGGAGAAAGAGACACCAUAUGCCACACAAAUGGCUAUUGGCAGUCCCACACCUGACUAUUCUGCACCGCAAGUCGUGCCCCAUCAGCAGACCUAUCCGUUCGGUCGUCAGCCGUUCCCACCUUCUUCGCAUGGCGGCAGCACACUCGGUUCGCCUCAACCACGACCAUACACCUUCAAGGAGCACGUCGAUCCACACGACCAAUACAUCUCGCGGCCUGGCUCUGUCCCGCCGCCAGUACCACCGAAGGAUGACAGGAAGUGUGGGUUAAAGAAGCGUACCUUUUGGAUGCUGAUGGGGUGCGUCAUCUUCUGGCUCGUUGCUCUCGCAGUAGGCCUCGGGGCAGGAUUGGGCAUAGGUCUGUCGAAGAAGAACAAGAGUAAUGAGAUCAAGAUGGACCCGUUCUGUCGUGACCAUCCUAAGCUCUGCAUUGGCGGCGCACUGAACGCUGAUUACCUCUCGAAGAAAGGAGCGUUCAACGGGUCUGGCAUCGCACUUGCUGGAGAGUCCUGGAAUCCAACAACUGGAACACUUUUCACCGUGUACUUCCAGCAUCACACAGGAGACAUACGAUUCAUGAGAUACACGAGUGGCCAGAAGUGGGUAGGUGGCACCAAAGCAGAGACUGUUGCAAGUAAUGCGAAAAACGCCACACCAAUAUCAGCCGUGGCGUAUGCUGCCAACUCGACGCAGUUUUUCCAUGUGUUCUACGUUGGAAACGACAACAUGGUCAAGCAGGUUACUCAGACCAAUGAGUCAACCACCACUCAGCUCUGGACAGAAGGGCCUCUCAGCAAACAGAACUUGCAAGUCUAUGCUGAUUCUCCAAGUACUGGGCUCCAAGCGUGCUGGAAAGGUAACUUCUAUGGUGAUGCAGACUACAAGAAGUUUCCCACCGUGAGUGGAGAGACCAAUGAGGUUCCUUUCGACAACAGACUGGGCAUGAACAUCUGGUACGCACUGGACAACACCACUUUCCAGCAAUACGCCUGGUAUGCCGGCAGCCCCGACUGGAAGUUCAUCCAAAAAUGGCAAGGAUUCAACACACAAGCUGGCGUCGGCUGUUACAGCUGGGGAGCCGGUACAACACAAUAUGCGAUGAUGGUCAACAAAGGCGAAGAUGUUGAGUUCUAUUGGAAGGAUACUGACACUAAUUCGAGCACCAUCAUUCACGACGAAGACCAUCCAUACAAUGUCUUCGUCAACGCCACUGGAGCUACUAUCCCAGACGUCUGGCCCUCGACAUCACUAGGCUACACUACAUACUUUUAUGCUCAGUCGGCUGACAGAAGCAUCCGUGGCUACGAUAUCAACUAUAACGCAGAGAACACGUCGUAUCCCAUGCACGAGAACUUCACAGUACAAACGCCAGCUGAGCCGCUGUAUGCGCUUGGUGGCACGCAUCUGACUGUUUCUGCUGUAGCAGAGAAGAACGAUAAGGGAGACACACUGUAUGACAGUUUGUAUGUCUUCUUCCAGAAAGAUGGCGAUGAUAUCACGGCAGCGACGAGGAGAGUGUUUGGGGGUGAGUGGACCAUUGCGCCGCUCAAGAUUCCAGACGCAUGAGUCUAGUUCCAUCUUGUGGUGUUCCAGUAAUGGCUACUUGUUUGACCCUGGAGGAAGUUAACAGUUCUAGCGGAGAAAAAUGGUCGAAAGGCUCACAAGGCGCUUAC